AUGAAAAAUGACCUGUAUAUGGAUGAUUUAAUGACAAGUACGUCUAAUGAAGAAGAUACUGUUCUCUUACAAAAAAAGCAUGCUGAAUUGUUGUCUCGCGGUGGUUUCUCUUUGCACAAGUGGGCAUCUAACAGUAAAUUAGUGUUAUUACAAAUUCCUGAUCAUGAUAAAGAAUCACAAAACGCAAUAAAUAUAAAGGUUGAAGAUAUUCUGAAAACUUUGGGUAUUAACUGGAACUCACAAAUAGAUAAUUUUGAAUUAAAUAUAAACAUGAACUUUACUGAUAAUAAUCUCACAAAACGAAAUAUUCUGUCCACAAUUGCAAAAUCCUUCGACCCUCUAUGUUGGCAAACACCUGAAAUUAUCUUACUUAAAAUUUUUAUGCAAAAGAUGUGGUUAGCUGGCUUAACCGCCGACGCCGACGAAGAACUCCCUCAUGACCUGAAAAAUAAAUGGAUAACUUACAUUUAA